UGCGUGCUUUCCGACCCACUGCGGCCGCCGUCGUCGUCGUCGUCGUCUUCACUCUGACGCGCCACUAAACACGAUGAGACGAUUACACAGCCGCCACAUUUCACAAGAAAUCCGUCAACAGUUCCAAGAAUCAACCUCAAAUGACAUCAACACUCUUACGUUUGCCGUUCGAGCCGAACCGACUCAACAUUCGCCCGAAUGUUGCGUUCAGUGUCUCCUGUGCUCUACUUCCUGCUUGUCGUCAGCGCUCACGUGACGUUCGCCGCGGAGGGCAUACCGAGGCGGCGGCUGAAGCUGGCCGACGAUGAGGCGAGCCGAGCGGCAUCGGAGUCCCGCGACAACUCGGUGGAGUCGAGACAGUCCGGAGGAUGGGACGUGCCCGUGAUUGUCAAGCGCCUGGACGCCAGAUACGAUUGGCUGACGGGGCGCCGGGCUACGACGCGUUACGAGCUGAGGGACGCGGGCGACGGCUGAUGUGCAAAAUCUGGAAAUACCUCAAAAACUUUAAAAAAUAUAUAUUAGAAUUAGUUUGUUAUGAAAAAUGUGAUUACUAAUAAUAAUUAUAUAAUUCUACUACUGGACUAUAAUAAAUAAAAGUGAAAUCAGGAAAAUUCAG